AAUCCCAGCAUUCUCAGCGUCGAUAAAACCCCAAAGGCUUCCUGCCCGCCAUUUCACUUUUGGGUAGCUACUUAGCAAGCGCCUUCGUUUCAGGUAGUUUUCCUUGUGAAACCAUUAUAUCUCUCAUCGUUGAAUUAACAAGCAAAUAAUAAACAGUGGUAGUCAAAUUUAUAUUAAAACAUUUGUUUAGUAAGGCAAUUGGAAUCGACACGUUAACAAACGACCACAGUUUUCAUUGAAGACCAGGGUUGACAAACCAGGCCUGGGCCAUGGCAGGGUGUGGCUCACGUCAUAAAGUCCGCCGAUGGCCUGUGUCAGAGAUCACUGGGCAUCAGCACAAGACUGUGUUUCCUGACAAUUGUCACGCCAAUGCGAAAGAGUUUGUGUUUGUUGUUGGCGAUUCACAUCUCAGAUCUUUUGCUGAUGGAGUUGUGAACAUGCCAGAGGGUCGGCUGUCCUUUGGUUUUAUGGCCACACCUGGAGGAGAUGCAACAGCGUUGCGUUUGGAGAUCUCCCAUCUUGGUGCUACUCCACGUACUCCAGAUGCAGUGUGCCUGCUUGCUCCAGGGAACAACAUGACCUCAAGUCGCACUAUUGAUGAGGCUGCCAGGGCCUUUGGGACUCUCCUCAGUGUUGCAUUGCAACACUGGCCAAACAAGGUGUUUGUGGUGGAUUUCCCCAUACGACAUGUACAUGCAACACUGGAAUACCAGCUUCUGCUAAAGCAGGAAUAUCACCGAGUUGCAGCGAAGAUGGGGGUGCGGUAUUUCUCAACAAAUGAUGUUUUCCAGCCAUCCAAAAGGCAUCUCUGGUGUCAGGAUUUGGUACACCUAAGUGAUGACAAAGGUAUGCCUCUCCUUGCGGACUUCAUUUGGAACACUUCAUACAGCAUCCUACACGUCCCUGUCAAUCCUGUGCCACUUGGAGUGCGUCCUACACUCAAAAGAUGCUUCCACAAAAACAAGAAGAAGCAUGGUACUUCAUCACAGCCACAGUGUGUUGCUCCAUCUCAGCGCUCAGCAACAUCCUAUCGGCCCUUUCCAGCUGUUAAAAUGAAGUAUGUCGACCAUGACCAAUGGACACACCUGCUGCCUACUGUUUCAGGUAAUUCUUGCAUGCCAAUGUGUUACUGUUAUGUAGGAGACCCAUAUUUCAUUUAACUCAUGUUAUUUGUCCUUGUUUGUAGAUGUAAGGAUGCAGGUUCGGGACCGGCGUCAUUGUAUACGUCAGCAUGCUGCCAAAGGACUGUUUGUUGACAUACAGCAACGAAUUCUCAGUGGGGGUACGAUGGAACGCAUCUUUGACACAUACGUCCUAUGUUACCCUUCGGGCUACUGCCAGAACGCCAAGCCUGUCCAUGACCCAGCACCCAAGUCUAUGGCUGAGAAGAAAUCUCUGCACAUCAAAAAGCUAAGUGGUGCUGGUUCACGUCAUGUGGGUCGUAGACCUCUGGUUGUAGUUGACAGGGUCAGAGAAGUUGUAGAACAGGAAGAUGUUAGGGACAAGGUAGUAAGGAGGGGAAAGAUGGGACACAUACACACCAGUGUUACACAGACAGAACAGAAGCAGGAGUUGCCUACUGAGAGAGUACUGAAACAGGAGUUGGCUAGUCAACUAGUACAGAAACAGAAGUUUGGUACAGAUGAAGGAAGUGUUGUGCAUGACACAAGUGGGGGAGAUUCAGACCAUAACAAGACAGUGUGCUUACAGACAGUAGCUCAUGCUGAUAUUGAAAACAAACAAAAAGAAAUAAACAGCAGACCAGCCGCAGUACUUGCCAUAAAAAAAGGCCAAGAACCACAUAAGAGGAGGUGUUGGUGGAGGCAACUCAAUAUUUGAGACGGUAAUUAGCAUAGCAGAGCAGCAUGGUAUCCAACUUAGAAGUGGCAAUCCAAACAAGGCCAAUGGUAAUUGCUUGUAUGAAUCUAUUAUUGAUAACAUAAAUGCAAGACAAUGUUUUGCAGAACAUUUGCCAGAAAGGCCUGAGCACUAUAGAAAGGUCUGGAAUACUAUAGGUGAACAGAAAAUUAAGGCAUCUCCAUACUAUCCAAGCAUAUAUACAGAACAGCAGUGGAGAGAAGCAUGGCAAACUUUGCAAACAACUAACCAAUAUGACCUUGACUAUUUUGGUGAUAUGGCUAUCCUUAGUUGUGCUCAUACUACUAAGAAAGAUAUCCUUGUUUUCAACACACCUUGGAAAACAACAACUGCUCAACCUCAUAGUCCAAUAUAUGUAAUAUCUGCAGAUGCAAUAGAUCCAGCAAAUGCAAGAGAUACUGAUGUUCCAUUGGUGUUGGCAUACAAUGGCCAUCAUUUUGAAAGCCUCAUUCCUGUUUCUCAUGUUGAUAUUAACAAAACAAUUGUUUUGGUGGAUGCGUAUAAGACUGGCACGUAUAUGACUCCUAGGUCUUUAGCACAAAUGUUUCAGCUCAUUGGACAUGAUUUACAAAACACAGAAACAGAUUCUCCCACAACAAAAAAAAACAUAUAUACACAGGCCACAGAAAAUCAGAAAAAAACAAAGCUUGCACCUACAACCACUAAUGUGCAGAUUCAAAAUUAUGCUGCAAAAUCCCAUAAUUUUGAUGAAGGCAAUAAUACCAGCGAUACCAUAGCCAUAACUUUGCCAGAUGUAUGCAACAGCUGUCAAAAGCCAUUUCAAAUGCUGCUGGUACAUUUGCGCAGAUCAAAACAAUGUCAAUUACAUUAUAACUUCCAAUCUUUGCAUCAAGAAGUAAUUGUGAAACACGCAGACCAACAACCUCUAUGGCAAGAUCCCAACCGUCAAAAACUGCAAAAACAUAACCAAACUGAGGUCAAUGUAGGCGAAAACCAUGUUGCGCAACAACCUCUACCAUGUCAGAAAGCAGAAGAGGCCACUCCAAUUGAAGCUAGUGCAAUAAAGAUGAAAGUUACAAGGAAGAGACAGUUGCAGGGUAAUCCUGUAGAAGUCACAGGAACAAGAAGAACAGAUCUUCUCCAGAUUCAAAAUAUAGGUCCUAAAUCCCACAAUCUACACAAAGCCAAUAAUACCAGUGAUACCAUAAUAAUGACUUCCCUAGAUGUAUGCAAAGGCUGUCAAAAACCAUUUCAAAGGCUGAUGCUACAUUUGAGCAGGUCAGUACAAUGUCAGUUACAUUACAACAUGUCUGAGAGCAACCCAACAAUGCCUAAUCCAAGUGCAGAUGAAGUUGUUUUUGUCAAUGAAAUGGAAAGCCCAUGUCUCACAUUCUCUCCUUUCACUAUGCAGCAAAAAAAAUCACUUUGUUCAAAAAUUAACAUCAUCCACAACCCUGAAUACGUUCAUACACAAGAACCACUUCCAAGGAAUGUCCCAAUGAGUGAUCCUUGUGAGACAAAGGCUAUUGUAGGUGAUGGGAACUGCUUUUUCAGAGCUUUGUCAUUUUCCAUUAGUGCAACUGAAGGUCAUCACAGAAAAAUCCGACUAGCUGUGGUUAAACAUAUGGAAACAAACGCACUACAGUAUGCUCCUAUUCUCCGACAUGGAUAUUUUUCUGUUGAAAACUAUGUAAAAGCAUCACGCAUGAAAUAUGUUCACACUUGGGCAACUGAGGUGGAAAUACAAGCAGCUGCAGAUCUCUUCGGAGUUGAUGUUUUCACAUACAGUCACAACAAGUGGUUCAAGUAUUCCACAACAAAUGAAAAGACAAUUGACACAGCUAUAUACCUAAAACACUGCAACGCAUCUCAUUAUGAAGUAGUUACAUGCGUUAAGCAACACAAUUCUGACCUAUGCACUAAACUCUGCAAGAAAUCCAAUGACUGUCCACAGUCACAUCAGAUAAGCAGUUCUUCAAGUCGACGUGAGCUUGACAGAAAAAACAAACAAUAUGAAGUAAACCAACAAUUCAGAGAUGCAAAAAAUAAAAGCGGAAUUAAAAGAUACAGUGAAGAUGAAAAAUACAAGAAAACUACCAAACAACGCAGCAUAAACAAAUAUGCCACUGAUGCCCAACACCAAACUAAUGUGAAACAGUACAGUGCACACAAAUAUGCCAUUGAUGAACAACAUCGUGCAAAUAAGAAAAAGUGUAGCAUAGACAAAUAUGCCACUCAUGACCAACACCGUGCAAGUACAAAACAGUACAGUAUACACAAAUAUGCUACUGAUCAACAACACAAGGAAAAU